AUGACAGCGCCUAUCAAGAAGUACCGCUUUACCCGUGACGACUUCAAACCACUCGUUACGAAGCCGCUGCACUUUCACAUGGUGUUUGAUAUCACGGAAGUCAAAGUCAAGGUGACGCUCCAGACGACGAUGAAGCACGACGGAGCGCAGCCGCUUAACCAGCUCAAACUUAACUCGAAAGAUCUAGAAAUCAUAUCGUUGGAGCAAUUUGACAGAUUCACACCGCUUAAUGGAGAAAAGAACUUUGAAAGCCACGUACAAAGCUUUGCUGAGCCUCGCAGUCUGCAGUACGAGGUAGAUCAGGAUGAUCAUUUUUUGAUUGUCAAGUUCUCCAGACCUGUGCAACCCGGAGAGGAAUUCGUGCUCCGUAGCGUGUCGGUGGCCACUCCAACUGAGAGUAUCUUGGAAGGCUUGUAUUUUGAUUACACACCCGAAGGCGCCCCUAAGACCAUCAUUACUCAGUGCCAGCAGCAUGGCUUUCAGCGCAUUGUACCGUGCAUCGACACAAUGGACGCCAAAGCAUAUUACACCACCAUUAUUGUCGCAAGCACUCGCUAUACUAACAUCAUUACCAACGGAGAUCUAGCCCCUGGGUAUCACACAGACGAUGGUGUACCUAUUUUUCACCCAGCAUCGGAAGUACUGGGCGUAAACGAUUCUUCUCGCCACGUGCUCAAAUAUUACAAUCAUAAGGUGAACAUGGCCCCAUAUCUUUUCUUUCUUGGUGUGGGUACCUACGAGACCUUUCGUCGUACACUUGAAUUUCCUGAUGGCGACACGACGUUGCUAGAAAUCCUAGCGUUUCCUGGCUACUUUGAACCUGCUGAUGCCAAAGCUGCUGUCAAAAUGUUGCACGACUCCAUCCUGUGGGUGAUGGUUAGUUUGGGACCUGAGGCUUGUGAGCAUCACGAGGAGCGCAAGCAUAUUUACGAACUUUUGCAGGAGCGCGAGGAUAUCAAGGCUAAAGAAGGCCCGCUUUGCCUUGGGCCAAAUGAGAAAUAUGUAAAAACUCCGUUAAGUGCUUCGGAUAGCGCACGCUUAGACGCUAUUCGCUCCAAGCUGAGAGAGCUUCUAAAAGUGUGGAAAAAGACAGGUUAUAAGUAUACAGGUGCCGUGUACCGCGAGAUUGCGAUGGAAAACUCGUACUAUGGUGGCAUGGAAAAUGUCGGCAAUACCACAAUCGUGAGCUCGUGUUUGUGUCCUAGCUGCCGCAUGGAUGAUAAGUCGUACGAGUACAUGGAGCAUGUAAAGGUGCAUGAAUAUUACCACAAUAUAAAUGGAAGCCAGGUCACUGGUCAGUCUCCAUUCGAGAUUUGGCUGAACGAGGCUGUCACAGUGCACAUGGAACGCAAGCGUGCCGCAGCGAUUUUUGGCGAGGACUACAGUCGUUUGAGUGAAGUGCUGUACAUGUUUACCCCGGCAAUUGGGCCACUCGCACAGGACAAGUCAGCAACAUCUCUUUCGGUGGAGCCUCAAGGCUUUAAUCAGACGCAAGAGCUUGUUUCGGCUGUGACAUACUCGAAGGCUCCCGAAUUUGUUCGAAUGGUAGAAUUGCUUUUAGGAGAAGAUACAUUUCACAAGGCCCUCGAUAUGUAUCAUACAAAAUAUGCUUUCGGAAAUGCUACUAGUAUGGAUUGGAUCAAGUGCAUGGAAGAAUGUUCUGGUCAAAAUCUGCAAAUAUUGGCGAAGACGUGGCUGAAACGCCCUGGUCACCCAGAAGUAACGUACUCGACGAAUUACAACGCUUAUUCUAAAGAGUAUGUCGUAGAAAUGACCCAGACAGGUUUUGAAGACAUGCCUUCCGAAAACAACGGCCCGUGGGAGAUUCCAAUAGAUUGGUCCCUUGUUAAAAAUGGUUUGCCACUGAAAAGUGGUGUUUUUCUGUUGAAGACUAAGGACGCGAAGCUUACUGUUUCGGAAGUGCAGGAAGAACCCGAUUUCUUGUCUUUUGCUCGCGGAUGGUCGUUUUUUGGCAAGUCAAAGCAGAAAAACCCAUCUGUUGAUCGUCUUACAAAGCAGGCAUUGUCUGACCCGGAUACUGUUAAUAAGUAUCAGGCUUAUCGUAGUGUUGCAGAUAUCGAGAAGGCAAGGGUGAUUGAAUGUUUGCUCAAGGGAAACAAGGAGGUUGAAAUUUCAUCUGAGUUCGUGGAUUUGCAUGGAUCGAUCCUUUUCUCAGAGGAAUUCACACCAUCUGCGCGUGCCCUGACGCUAGUGGAGCCUAAGACAAUUCCUAGCAGGGACGACCUAAGUCAUCACUAUGCCGCAAUCAAGGAGGCCACCACGGCUUUGCAGCAGGCAGUGUGGGCUAAGUACUCGACAAAAAUCGAAGAUGCGUAUAACAAACUGUGCGAGAUGGCUCACCCUGGACCGCACGUUGAGCAGUUUCAGGAACGUGCUCUUAAGCGUCAUCUGCUACUGCUGAUUGUGUCGGGUGGAAAAACCCCUGUACUUAACACAAUCCCGAAGGUUACGCCAACAGUGGAGCCUUACAAGCUGGCGCUAGACUUGUUAAGACAUUCCCCUUUCGUGACCGACCAAGCUACUGGAUUUCGUCUUGUGCUUGAGGAUGAAAGUUUUGUGGACCGCUCGAAGGUGCAACAAGAAAUCUUUGACGUGUGGUCAAAGACGCCUGAUAUGCUGACAAAGUACAUUGGAAUUGUGAGCAGCUUGGAUUCAAAAGAUGUUGGAAAGCAGAUUCUUAAUCUAUUAGCGAACCCUAGCUUCAAUCCGAGUCAGUCGAGCCACGGGCGAACUCUAUCGCGUUGUCUCUCCCAGAUUCGUGAGUUUUCAAUCGCCACUGAUGAAGGGCUUGACGUGAUGGUUCAGGUCUUUGUAAAGAUCGGCAAGGUCAAUCAAAUGUCUGCGUAUCCGUUGCUUCAGUGUUUUGACCAUCUGGACCGCUUUGAUGGUGCUACGAAGGCAAACUUGUUUGCGACACUGCAGCGCAUGCAGGACUCAAUCGACAAAAAGAAAGAGGAGUCGCUUUACAACCAGCUAAGCAUCAUUUUGGAGAAGAAACCUUGA